AUGCAACCCGUUUCUCUCGUCGCCCUCCUCGCCGCCAGCGCCUCCGCGGCCGUGGCGCCCCGCCAAAACUCGAGCUCCAGCGCCGUCAACCAGAAUGUCAUUCCCAAGUCCUUCGGCGUGACGGCGGGCCAGGGCAAGGACCAGGUCCAGAAGGGCGCCUGUACCGGUGCCAACCAGAAGCCGAUUCCGUGCUACUGCCCGCCGGCGCCGACUGACCCGGACUUCCUCGGCAAGCUCACGCAGGCCCUGACCAAGGGCUUCAUCUUUAGCAAGGAGCAGGUCGCCAUCCCCAUUACGCUGGACAAGUUCAACGACGAGGCGGACAAGUCGGUCGAAACCCAGAAGCUGCGUGCCACCGCCAUGAUCCAGGUCAUGCAGAACUUCAACUUGACCACCCAGGGCGUCGGCUGCCCCGGUGUCGCUGUCCCGGUCCUCUCCAAGAUGCAGCAGACCGGCCAAAUCAGCGAGGACACCAGCGGAGUUGGGAACGCGGGCAAAUAA